UUGGUCUUCAGUCAAGAAUAGUCGAGGUUGUGCUCUAGAAGUCGUGUCUAAGAUAUAUUUCGUCCAGCAACUUCAACGAAGGCAAAGAUGCGCUGUAGACUUGCUGUCCUGAUCUUAAUUAUGGGUCAGGCCUUCCUCUCUGUGGCCCACACCGUCACACUCGGAAGCACGUCGGUCUCUUACGCCCUCCAGUCCGACAAUCUGCUGUGCCCCAUGAUGCAGGUUGAAUCUCUGUCAGUGGAGGGCUUCAGUCUGCCCCAGUUCAAGUGCAAAGGCUGCGCGGCGUGCACGGCCACAACGAGCGGGAACGGCACGAUCAACGGCCAUUGCGUGCAACUGCUUUCCAAAGUCACGUUGAAUAAUGGGACCGAGGUCGACUGGCAGCGGGGAUGUGUCUGCAAGCGGAACUGAAGCAGCCAUCAUGUCCCCUAUGCAGCGAGGUCGGGAUUCUCGUAUCCAACCGGUAAGCAUGGCAUCCUGUAUGGGGCUACUUCUGGCUGCCUCUUUCAUUCUGAAGUAGCGCCGUCCAGCCACUCACCUUCAAAGGAAUAGCCACACCUUGUAGAGCCGCCGUCGGAUGCCCUGCCUCGGUGCUUGUUGGGAAGGAGUGGCAGGGUUUUCCCUUUUUUGUGUGUAUUUUCCACCUUUUUUUAGGAAGAGGUUGUCAUUUGCAGCCUCAAAUCAUCGUCUGCAUUUCCGGUCACAAUGUUGCUUUUUUAUGAUAACCCUAGUCUCGUUGUUAUUGCACACUGCAGAGAGACAGACAGACAGAUAGACAGACAGACAGACAGACAGACAGAUAGACAGACAGAAAAAGAAAGAGAGAGAGAGAGAGAUUAGAAUAAGAAGAAAAUACAGAUAGAUAAAUCACGCAAGAGUACUUUCUCUCAGAACAAAUAAAAUGCUGUUUCUUUUUUCUGUAGAAUCUAGCUAGCAUUUACGAAUGUGGGCGUCCUUUACCACUAGUGUGCGAACUGUCCAGAUGCCCAUAACUCCAUACAGAUUAACGUUAUUUAUUGCAGUCCAUUGCCAUUAAGGAUGACGUAUGAUUGCACAGAUUGCAAUAUAUACCCACGGCGAGGAGAUGCGUUCAGCUCAGCCUCGGCCGGCAUGAGGGGAGACGGGAGUGUAAAUUGUUUUCUGUUCCUCUCCAUCCUCACCUCUGUGGAUGAGCAUUGGGGAGGAGCGCGGGUGCCUGUGUGGAGCGUAGGGCGGACGCAUGACCAUGACUUAGAAGUUUCCUUGUAUUUAACUAUGACGUGAAAACUGUUGCUUGUUUAAUGACAGCUCAGAAUCAAAUUACGAAGUCGUUUCACACACACAUGCACUCGCACACACACAUGUAUAUACUGUACAUAUGCAUACAUACAUACAUGUAUUCUCAAGAAACCUGUACAGAUUGCAAUUUUCCAUUGUAUAUAACAUUUAUUGUAUUCAUAUUAUUGUAUUUUAGCUUUGUCUAUAUUAUUCUC